GCCGUUGGGAAAGAUGACGCCUUGCUAUUUUCCUUCCUCCAUUCUCUUCGCUGUAUGCUUGUGAAUUUGUGCAAAAUUCAAUUUUUUUGGUGCGCUUUUUUUUCGGCGCCUCCGAGUCAUUUUGAAACAAGGGCGGUGCUGUAAAUAAACGACAACAAAACCUGAAGCUGAACCACCAUGUACGGCGAAACUACGACAACUGCUCCAGUCGACCCGUACUCGGAUGCUUACAAUGCGCCGCCUCCUGCCCAAGUCCCAGGAGAGAGGGAUUCUGCGCCAGUGGCGCGAGGGCGCUCGCGUUCACGAAGUCGCAGUCCUUUCCGUCACCGGUCACCUGUUCCACCCAGGCGUCCUGCGCAUGCGCCUAUCGCGCCCAAUCCGACGAAUGUUCUCGGAGUUUUUGGUCUAAGUAUACGCACCCAAGAGCGAGAUCUGGACGAAGAGUUUGGCCGCUUUGGACGUGUCGAAAAGGUUACCAUUGUCUACGAUCAAAGGUCUGACCGGUCCCGUGGAUUUGGUUUCAUCAAAAUGGCAACAGUGGACGAUGCCACACGUUGCAUCGCCGAGCUGAAUGGCGUGGAUCUCAAUGGCCGCCGCAUUCGUGUUGACUACUCGGUUACCGACCGGCCUCAUGCCCCGACGCCCGGAGAGUACAUGGGACAUCGACGGACGAAUCGUGAUACUCCCUUACGGUCGGGACAACAGAGACUGGCGUGAUCGCGACAGGCGUAGUCCACCGCCUCGACGAGGAUAUUCUCCUGACUACAGAAGGCGCAGGAGCUAUUCUCGUAGCCCCCCGCGUGGUAGCAGCCCUUCACGCGCUAGGGACUAUGACGCUCCAUCGAAUGGGAAUGAUUCGCGAUGGUAAGCCUUGGAGUCGUUCUCGCUUGUGCUUCGUCAAGCACAGAGCAAAGGUCAAGGGCAGAAGGUCAAGGGUGCCAAGGAGAAUGUGGUUUCAAGUUUGGAGUUCCAUUGC